AAGUCACUUCCGGUCGUAGCUGUAUACCUUAUAGCUCAGCCGUAUACCACCUAGUCAAAACCGUCACGUUCCGGUCUGUUUUGGAGAAGGGAAGGAGUGGAAGAUGGCGGCGUCCAAGGUGAAGCAGGACAUGCCUCCUCCGGGAGGUUAUGGCCCUGUCGAUUACAAGAGAAAUCUCCCGAAACGGGGACUUUCUGGUCAGUAUACUAGUUAUAUUUGUAAUGGGUGAAGUUUUGAGUAGAUCAUUUUACAGUCAAACAAGGACGCUAAUGCUAGUGGCUAACAAGUUUAAUAUUUUAGCUAGCUAGUGAUAUUAGCUAUUUCUUCUACAUGUUAAAUAGUCGUUGCCAUGUUUAUUAUCCCAGUAUUGUACUUUAUUCAUAUGGCAACCGAUGUAGCAAAGUGUAGUUGCUAACUAGUUGGUUCGUUUAGCUUGCUAGCGCUAACAUUUCACCGCAUAGCGCCAACUAGUUUAGCUAGCUAACGUUAGCUGGCUAACUAAUCAGUUGCCUAGCUUUAUGAUGAGGUCUAAUCAGUGAAACAUCUUGUACAUGUGCAUUACCCCUUGUCAGUUGUUUGAAAAUUAGGGUUGUGUUGGCUUCAUUAUUAGAAUGUAUGCCAUGCAUGGUGCAGUAAUGUAAACAAUUUGCAGAUCAGUCCAAGUUCAACUUAAUAGAUCUAACAACAAAACAGUCGUAGCUAGGUUUCCAUCCAAUUGGCGACAGAUUUUCAUGCGAAUAUUCAAAAAUCCGUAUAAAAACCAAUGUGCAUUUUCCCACCAGAGAUGUGUUUCCAUCAAAUUGACUUGUUGCGGAUAAAAGGCUUUGCAUGAUUACGUAGUGCACAUAACAAUACAUUUUGCGGUUAAAUUCCCAUGGACCGAAUAAAACAAUACAAGUUAAAUGGGUUUCCAUCGCAUUUUCAACUCUACUGAUGGUUUUCUCUACAAAAAAUGUUGCGUUAUAUAGUGUGUGCCCACUCUGGUAUAUUGGCACAUGCGCUCUAGCCAACAACUCGCAGAUAAAGUGCAGGUAGGAUAGCCUACAUCAGGUGUUCCCAAACUUUUUCACUCAGGCCCCCCUUCCAGCAUUGCCCCCCCCCCCCCCCCCCCCCCACCACCAUUUCUAUGGGCACAAGCACUGCUCAUGACAGUUUGCCUAAUUUCAGUUUGUGACAACACUAGCAAGUAUAGUGUAGAGAAUCAUUGUACAAUCUAAACCGAUAUGAAAUAUGUUUUCCAUAACCAACAAUAUUAGAUUUUCAGCUGUUUGAAGCUGGUGUACAAAACUGAAAGUAAAAGAUUUUAAAAAAUGAAUCCUAUGCAUGGAAAGCAUAGAAAUAGCACACAUAGAAUAGAUCUAUGGCUUCUUAGACUUGCUUUCAGUGCGAAUAACAGAUGUAUAACUCAACUUUCUAUGUGAAUUUGGUCGGGUCACCCAAAAAGUUACAUAUUGCCGCUUUAAAGCUAAUGUGUAUUCAAGUGAUAUUACUCGCAUAAAAAGUUUGGAUGGAAACCUGAUUAGGCGAGUUGCAUUAGUGGUCAAAUUGGUUGUGGAGAUUCUUAUCUUGCUGAAAUAAAUGGCCGACAAUUAAUAUACAUUCUCAUUUUCAGGGUAUAGCAUGCUCGCCAUUGGAGUUGGUGUCAUGUGUUUCGGUUAUUGGAGACUCUUCAAAUGGAACAGGGAGAGGAGGUAAGAAUUGCCAUAAUCCAGUUAAUGUCACUGAUUCAUUGUACCAAUUCAGAUCAUUGUGAUUGGUUCUUGUUGGUCAAUGUCCUUAUAUGUUCUGCUGGUGUGUUGUAGGCGGUUGCAGAUUGAGGAGCUGGAAGCAAGGAUAGCUCUUCUGCCUUUGCUGCAAGCAGAGCAGGACCGGAGGUAAGAAAAGCACCAACGUUGAGAGAGAGAGCGAGACACAUGCACACGUGAUAAUCAAAGGCUACUUCAACAGGGGUAAAGGUGAUUUACCAAUUUUGCCCAUGAACAGUGUUGGAGUUAACGCAUUAUGUAAUCAGAUUACUUUUAUGAGUAAGGGAGUAAAGUAAAGCAUUCGUUUUCCUAAUUGGGUAAAAUUAUUACAGUUACUUUGUCAACUAACGCGUGCUUUACUUUAAGAAUAAUAUCUCUACCGGGCGAGUGUUUGCAUGAUCCGAUCUUGACAUGUUUCCUCAUUUAGUUUUCGAGCAAGUGGAGAAAGGCUGUUUGGAGAAAUGUAAUGACAGUUGCCUCCAUGAAAAUGUAUAGAGGGCGCAUCUCUGAUCUUUGCCAUUCAUCGCUUCUGUGAUAGCAAAGCCCAUAGAGGACGUACUCUAUACAGCUCUAUGGGUCCAUUUAGCCUGCGUGAGGUCUAUAACCAGAACUGGCAGCUCGCGAGGAAAUCUGUACAGAUGUUUUGCUUACAGUAUAUAUGGCUAAUGAAGCAGCCGAUAUGAUAGCGCAGCACUUGUAGACUACCACAGGAAAGCAGCGCCACAGAUGAAAGGAGAAACUAGUGAUCAAACCUGAGUUAGUAAGUAGCCUAUCUUUGGCGGCUCGCCUUGCUCCCUCCAUUAGACAAACGGUGAGAUUUUUUUCAUGAAUAUAACAAGUUACAUUCCACACAAAGUAAUACUGUAAAGUAAUGCAACAAGGAAUAUGUCAUAUAUUACCUGUUCAAAUAACUAAACCCAACAUGAACCAUGUUUCCAUCCAGUUUUUAUGCGAGUAAAUUCAUACCGUAUAAAACAUGUAUUUCGCCAAUUGUGAUGGAAACAGGACAUUUCGGUACAAUUUUAUAAAUGCCGACAGAUAAUUUCGUUCGACAUGGUUGGAUCUUUUUAUGUUGGUAAAAUUAAUUAUGUGAGAAAUGGUGGUGGAAACGCCUUUAUGUGCAAAUAUUGAUAUAAUAACCAUCAUACCGAAGUAAACUUGGAGUUACGACUCGUAACAGUUUAGGCUACCAAUGAAAUAAGUUAUGAGGAACUUCACAUGGUGGGGAAAGUACACGGGUGAUGAGCUUGAUGCUCCUUUCCAAUAAAUAUCAAGGGUUUUAUUCUGUUGACAUGAUGGUCGAUGCUUGACUGCCAUUUGAAAAGUAUAAAUACUCUCACUCUUAUACAUAAUAAUCUCAUCAUGUAGACUAGCCUACCUGCACAUACCCGCACUGUAUCUGCGAGCUAUUGGCUAGAGCGAACGUGCAAAGACCAGAGUAGGCACGCAAGGAUUUUUUAAGUCAAUUUGGUGGAAACACACCACCUGUGGGGAAACGUGCAUAUUUUCUUUAUGCAUAAUUUAGAAUAUUCACAUAAAUCUGUCGCCAAUUGGAUGGAAACCUAGCUACUGCCCAUGAAUGAUCUGUUUUAGGAGCCCUGAAUUUAGCAGAUUUUUUUUUCUCACUAGGCAACUACGAAUGCUGAGGGAGAAUCUGGAGGAGGAAGCAGUUGUAAUGAAAGAUGUCCCUGGCUGGAAGGUAAAGAGAAGCUUGGUUCCAUUUCAGUCUAGACAGACAGAUGUUUGUUUUAUUUGUCAAUUGUCAUGAAGCUGCAAAUGGUAGUUUUUAGUUCAAAAUGUUCUAGAAUCUGCACUAAAAUGAAAGCAAGAAAAGCAAAUAACUGCAAUGCUGCUUAUUCUACGGUGAUGAUGAAUACUAAGCUGUGCUUGUGUUUCCGUCUAGGUGGGCGAGAAUGUCUUCCACACAGACCGCUGGGUGGCCCCCCUCACAGAGGAGCUGUUUAACCUUCGACCCCGGGAAGAGCUUCUCCACAAGCGCUUUGGCUUCCUGUGGUACGUGUAGCCGCCCCCCCAGUCCAACCGUGUCACUCCAGUACACCUCCGCUACCAUCCCAGCCACAGCCAGUACCCUGUUGACCGGAGUCCACAACUCCACACAGCUUGUAAAUGUUCUAUAUUAAAGUUAUCUUUUCUGUACCCCAUACUGAUUCUCUGUCGGUUUUGUUUAUUUUAAUUACUGAAGGAAUAUUAAAGGAUAAACAGGAUCUUGAAUAUAUUCUAUUCUAUAGGCAGGCCUACAUGGUUAUGUCAUCGAGGUGAUGCUUUUUAUUUAAUUUUUUCAGGUUAGUGAAAGUGUGUAAUCUACCCAACAUGUAAGCACAUUUUCAAAGCACAUGACAACAAUUCUUCCCUUAUAACAAUAUGCAAUAGAAUAGGCAAAGAUGUUGUCCAUGCAAUGUGGAAAUUGCCCCGUGUUAAGCUGCUCUUCAUUGUGCUGGCACUUGUUACAACAGGAAGCCUGACUGUGCAGUGGUCAGUGGAGGCAUGGACCAUCUCCAAGCUUAUUCAGGAGCACUCUAUGUAACAGAAUGCCCAGCUGCAUUAUAGAAAUGUGUUGUGUAGAACAGACAUGCCUCUGUCAUGUGGAGAACCGUGUCUAUCAACUACACAUUGCUUCUCUAUUUGCAAC